GCGCUCUCGUACAAGGCUUGGUUGAUUGUCUGUGUCUGCACGGAUCUUGAGCUCCCGGAGGGCGCGGGAAAGCUCCAGGGCCCAACUGAGCACUGCGACAGGGUGGGGUGGGAUUGUCGAAUGACUAUUUUGCGGUUCCAGUUGCCGAAGGAGCCCAGUCGUCGGUCCAGGCCACCGCGCUCCCUCGCGAUUCCCCGGAGGCCCGGGGAUGCAGUGGGUCCGGCCUGGCCCGAAGCUGAGCCCGAGCCCGCAGUCGCCGGACUCCUUUGCCAUGAACCAGCCUGCCCCCGGGGCCCCCCCUCCGCCCCGCCGCGUGAGGCUGAAGCCCUGGCUGGUGGCCCAGGUGAACAGCUGCCAGUACCCAGGGCUUCAGUGGGUCAAUGGCGAAAGGAAAUUCUUCUGCAUCCCCUGGCGCCAUGCCACGCGGCACGGCCCAAGCCAGGACGGAGAUAACACCAUCUUCAAGGCCUGGGCCAAGGAGACGGGGAAGUACACCGAGGGGGUAGACGAGGCUGAUCCCGCCAAGUGGAAGGCCAACCUGCGCUGCGCUCUUAACAAGAGCCGUGACUUCCGCCUCAUCUAUGAUGGGCCCCGGGACAUGCCGCCUCAGCCCUAUAAGAUCUACGAGGUCUGCUCCAAUGGCCCUGCUUCCGCAGAGUCACAGCCCAGUGAGGAUUGCACUUGUGCAGGAGACGGGGAGGAAGAAGACGAAGAGCUCCAGAGGAUGUUACCAAGCCUGAGCAUCACAGAAGCAGUGCAGCCUGGCACCUCCAUGGCACCCUAUUCUUUACCCAAAGAGGAUGUCAGGUGGCCACCCACUCUCCAGCCGCCGGUGGUGGUGGGCCCCCCUGCUCCAGACCCCAGACUGCUGGUCCCGGCCGCUGGCGACGCCGCUGCCUUUAGGCCGCUUCUCCCUGAGGUCCUGCCGAGCCAGCCGCCUGGGCCGCUGGCUGCCGGUCUGCCCCCUGCAGGCGAACAACUCCUGCCUGAACUGCUGAUCAGCCCCCACAUGCUGCCUCUGACUGACCUGGAGAUCAAGUUCCAGUACCGGGGCCGGCCACCCCGUGCUCUCACCAUCAGCAACCCCCAUGGCUGCCGGCUUUUCUAUAGCCAGCUGGAAGCCACCCAGGAGCAGGUGGAGCUCUUCGGGCCGGUGAGCCUGGAGCAGGUGCGUUUCCCCAGCCCCGAGGACAUCCCCAGCGACAAGCAGCGCUUCUACACGAACCAGCUGCUGGAUGUGCUGGACCGUGGGCUCAUCCUCCAGCUGCAAGGCCAGGAUCUGUACGCCAUCCGCCUUUGCCAAUGCAAGGUGUUCUGGAGCGGGCCCUGCGCCUCAGCUCAUGCGUCACAGCCCAACCCCAUCCAGCGGGAGGUCAAGACCAAGCUCUUCAGCCUGGAGCAUUUUCUCAAUGAGCUCAUCCUGUUCCAGAAGGGCCAGACCAAUACCCCACCACCGUUCGAAAUCUUCUUCUGCUUUGGGGAGGAGUGGCCAGACCGCAAACCCCGAGAGAAGAAGCUCAUCACUGUACAGGUGGUGCCUGUAGCCGCUCGGCUCUUGUUGGAGAUGUUCUCAGGGGAGCUUUCCUGGUCAGCUGAUAGCAUCCGGUUACAGAUCUCAAACCCAGACCUCAAAGACCGCAUGGUGGAACAGUUCAAGGAGCUGCAUCACAUCUGGCAGUCCCAGCAGCAGUUGCAGCCAGUAGUCCAGGCCCCUCCUGCUGGCCCCGGGCCCUGGCCCAUGCACCCAGUUGGCAUGCAAUGAGGCUGCAGUGACUGAAACAGGCUUCUUGCGUGGCUAUAUGGUCUGAUGUGGAGGUACAAUGGCCCCAGUGGGCAGCUGACUGGCUGCAGGGUCCUAUAUCUGGGUCUCCUGGAAAUGGACUUGGGCCACACAAGAGAGGGGAGAGAGGCUCGCAUGCCAGGUUCUCCCUGCAGACGGAAGGUGAGGGAAACUGGAAGCCAGUUUUGCUUUGGGGACUGUCUUCUGGACAUGCUCUGCCAGCUCUCAUCUGCUGGCUCUGGAGGAACUCAGCCAUAACACCGUGAGCAGGGCAGGGGCUUCCCCGACCCCAGGGGCCUAGCUGUACAGAGGGAAUUGCCCCAGAGUGCCCCCAUUUCCCCUGGCAGAAAGAGCCAAGUGCUCUGGGCCAGGUCCCAGGGCCUCUGCAGAGCCUUGGCUUGAUUUUGGGGUUCCCUAGUUUGAGCCUCGCUUCUUCUUCUUUCCCCUCCCUGAGAUCAAUAUGAGCACUUAGGUAUUAUACCAAAUACUUAAGGCUGGCAGCUACCUCCUUUCUUGACAGUCUGAGAACCUGGUGUAGAAAGUGGAAUUUUAUGUAUUUUUGGAUUAAUAAAUGUUAAA